AUGCAUCAAUUUGAUCUCUUGUACAUGCCCCAUGAUAAAGUAUAUGGAAAUGCCUACAAAUACAUCCUCACAGGCAUCGAUGUAGCUUCGCGCUACAAAGUGGCUAGACCAUUGAGGACCAAGGAAGCCAGUGAAGUUGCGGAGAUGUUGAAGGAUAUUUACAAGGCAGGACCUUUACGAUACCCGAAGACCUUCCAAUGUGACAACGGUUCGGAAUUCAAAUCAGACGUGACAAAGCUGCUUGAAAGCGAGGGUGUCGAAAUAAAACGUGAUACUACCAAAUACCAUCAUACAUUUACAGCCUUCGUGGAAUCUUAUAAUAAGGUACUCUCACAAAAACUCUUCAAGCCUCAGGACGCGCAGGAGCUGGUCACUGAUGAAACUAGCAGUACAUGGGUGAAACAUCUAUAUAAUAUCGUAAAAAGCAUGAAUAAUACCAAGACGGCUAUGAUCGGAAUGAAAUCUUCAAAAGCCAUUAAGCUUGAUGAAGUCCCACUCGCGAAAAGCAAGGAGUAUCCAGAGGAAAAGCCUCUACCCGAUGAUGGCUUAUACUUAUACCUCCUGCAACCCGGAGAAGAGCACGGUGAUGCUAAAAGACGUGCAACGGAUGCCUUGUGGAGCAAGAAAACGUACAGACUCAAUCGUAUCAGGAUGUUCAGGUACCUCCGGAGCAUGUGA